UUUUUAUUACUCUGGCAUCCCUGCCGGGUGUGUGAGCGACGUACGAAUUGUGUAUCUGUAAUUUACUUAAUUUUAAGUGUAAACAAUGAGUUUUACGAAUUGUAUAAUCGUGUGAUAUAGUAAAUUUUCUAAUCUCAUUGCCAAUGUCAUAAUUUAGGUGUUUUAUACGCUUUUUAUAUUGAUGUGAGGUUCCCGUGCUUUGUCUUCGUGUGUGACAAUAUACUCAAAAUGGCGCAUCAACUAGCACCGUCUGUAAAUUGUUCAUUGGACGACAUUGACCUCAGCGCACUAAAGGAUCCUGCCGGUAUUUUUGAACUCAUAGAAGUAGUCGGAAAUGGCACAUAUGGACAAGUGUACAAGGGGCGUCACACAAAAACAGGCCAACUUGCCGCCAUCAAAGUUAUGGAUGUCACACAAGAUGAGGAGGAAGAGAUAAAGCUUGAGAUAAAUGUGCUGAAAAAGUACUCUAAUCACCGCAAUAUUGCCACAUAUUAUGGAGCUUUUAUCAAAAAGAGCCCGCCAGGGAAGGAUGACCAACUGUGGUUGGUCAUGGAGUACUGUGGUGCAGGAUCUGUGACAGAUUUAGUGAAGUCCACAAAAGGGCAGUCAUUAAAAGAAGAGUGGAUUUCUUACAUUUGUAGAGAAAUUCUCAGAGGUCUCAGUUACUUACACUCCAAUAAAGUUAUUCAUCGUGACAUCAAAGGACAAAAUGUCUUGCUUACAGACAAUGCUGAAGUUAAACUUGUGGAUUUUGGAGUGUCUGCACAACUGGAUAGGACUAUAGGUAGACGAAACACAUUUAUCGGAACUCCUUACUGGAUGGCGCCCGAAGUAAUUGCGUGCGAUGAAAACCCUGAUGCAACAUACGAUAAUCGUUCUGACCUUUGGUCGCUCGGUAUCACCGCUCUUGAAAUGGCGGAAAGUCAACCGCCCCUUUGUGAUCUUCAUCCUAUGAGAGCUCUCUUCCUCAUUCCAAGAAACCCGCCGCCGCGUCUAAAGUCUAAGAAAUGGGCUAAAAAAUUUCAUAGUUUCAUCGAAACUGUUUUAGUGAAAGAUUACCAUCAACGGCCAUACACUGAACAGCUUCUAAAACAUGCAUUUAUAAGAGAUCAGCCUACUGAGAGACAAGUAAGGAUACAACUGAAAGAUCAUAUAGACAGGUGUAAGAAACGAAAGCAGGACAACUCUGUGCGAGAAGACUACAAGUAUUCUGGCUCAGAGGGAGAGGAAGAAGAGAAUGCUGUCGCGGGAGAGCCCUCGUCCAUCGUACACAACGCAGCCGCACACCAGGGUGGGGACACCCUGCGACGUAACUUCCAGCAGAUACAGGAAGGUCCCAGACCCGCCGAAGCUCCGCAGCCUCAACCCCCGCCGAAACGUAACAAGCGCGAUGAGCGUGAGGAAAUCCCAGAGCCUGGCCCGCCGGCAAGGCCUUCUAUUCCGCAAAGACUGAUCGUUGUACCGGACCCACAGGCACAACAGCCUAAUAGAUAUAGGCCUCUUCCACCAACACCAAAGUCUUCGGGUUCUUCCAAUAGUUCUGGGUCUAACAACGGAACUCCUCCGGCCAGCGGGCCUCAGCCUCCGCAACGUGGAUCACAUCACAAUAUGUUCAAACCUAUGAUUCCAAUGAGGAGGCCUGAGGAUUUGGACAAGUUGGCUGCGCAACUUAACGAACUCGGCGUUGUAUCGGGUAACGAACCACCUAAUCGACCACCACGUGCACCUACUAAUGGACAAGGACCACCAGUAGAAAGGAAUCAACCUGAACCAGCUUUAGAAGACACCGAUAGCGAUUCCGACGCCGAAGAAAGUGGAGGACGAGUGCGCAAUGACGGCACACUGCUAGCUAGCGACCCGCCGAAGCCACUGCCGGGCCUGAGCGCGGUGUCAGAGGACGGCGGCGGCGGCGCAGGUGGCGGCGCGCCCACGCGGCCGCUGCCGCCCACGCCCGACGACGACGACACGCACGCCGACCGCACGCUCGUCAUGAAGAGGAGAGAGAAUACUGAAAGCGAUAAAAGGCAGUCUGACGUUGACGAAGCAGUCUUACUCAAGGAUUGGGACUUUGCUCGAUUUUUCCCGUCGAAGAAUACUGAGAAAGAAGAAAAACAGGACAACUCAAAAGAGUCGGAACAAAAGCGAGCUCAGCUACAACGACAGUCGCGGUUAGAAAUGGAAGAUGCGUGGUCGAAAUACAAAGCUAUCGCCACUCCCCCUUCUCGACAUAAACAGUUGUUUCAAAAGCCCAGCGAAAAGUCUACGCAGGACAAGUUAACUGAUAUUUUAAAAUUUAAGAAAGAACCAGAAUCUGAUGCCAAUUCUCCAAACCGUUUCUUCCGAGGGUUUCGAAGGGAGAAUUCAGAUCUAUUCCCGCUGCCCAGUACACGUCACUCCGCUAUAUACUUUCCGAAGCAUGAAAGUCCAGCAGGAGCCACUAAACAACUCAGAUCGAGUGGCAUUUUCAAUAACUCUCGGAAACAAGUUAUUAAACCGUCGAUUGGAGAACCUAUAUUAACGGAUUUUAUUAAGACCAAUGAUAGUUUGAAAAUGUCUGCUCAAGGGAACGCAAAGAAGGCAGAAAGACGAACUCCAGAGCGAAAAAUUGUAACGAAUCCUAUUGAUGCCCUCAAAAACGUUGCUGCACUUAUCAGGCAAGACAGUGAGAGUAACGGACCUAGUCGACAAAGCAGCGUAAACAGUGACUCGCCAGCAACGAGCAUUUGCUUUACCAGCAGUACUUCGUUUGAAAAAGCUGGGACACCGGACUUGACUGCCAAUACUUUGGAGAACAAGGAUAAUGCAAAUGAGCCAAGCAUGGUGAAGCCUCGCAGAGAAAAGACUGAAUCCGAUAUUGUAUUCCGCAGAAAUUCUCAGUAUAAUCGGCAUACAGAGCUUGUGACAAGUUGUGGGCAGGAAGCGGUACUCGCUCAGGACCAGGUUCGGUCGAGUGGUGCCAACGAAGGCAGCGGAUCUCGCACUAGCUCUGUGCUACCCGACCUCCUGAGCCAGGCCGGCCAGCCCACCACGCCGCCGCGACAUGACAAGUCAACUAGCGAAGAGUAUCGGCAAGCUAUUGCCGGAGGCACUCCCCUAUCCCACCACCACCACCACCCCGCCCCCUCCUCGGUGCAGUCCACACCGUCCAAGUCUUUCGUGUCGGGCGCCGCAUCUCCCCACCCUCUACAGCAUUCACCUUCAAAUUCGUCCGUUGGAUCCCAGCAACAAUUCCUUUCCUUACAACAGAAGCAGCGUUCAUUCCUCACGUUCGGGUUCGGCGCCGGCUCGACCGGCAGCGGCGGCGGCACCGGCGGCUCCGGCGGAAACGCUUCCCGCCGCGAGAGCCAUGUCAAUGUUAAUGUUACUCCCACGGGGCACGACCUGUCCUCUGAUACGCCCGAAAUACGUAAAUAUAAAAAGAGGUUUAACUCUGAAAUCCUUUGCGCAGCAUUAUGGGGAGUUAAUUUGCUUAUUGGCACUGAGAAUGGAUUGAUGUUACUGGAUCGUUCGGGUCAAGGAAAAGUGUACCAAUUGAUCUCACGUCGCCGCUUCCAACAGAUGGAAGUGUUAGAAGGCCAGAAUAUCCUCGUCACGGUAUCUGGAAAGAAGAAUCGUGUACGAGUAUACUAUCUUAGCUGGCUGAAGUCCAAAAUCCUACGUACUGACGGACUCAGCGACCAAGCCGAGAGAAGGAAUGGUUGGAUAAAUGUUGGCGAACUUCAAGGUGCGGUUCAUUUCCGUAUCGUGAAAUAUGAAAGGAUUAAGUUUCUGGUUAUCGCCUUGAAAGACUCGAUCGAGAUAUACGCGUGGGCGCCUAAACCAUAUCACAAAUUUAUGGCCUUCAAAAACUUCGGUGAACUGCAACAUAGGCCUCUUCUAGUAGAUUUGACUAUUGAAGACAGUACAAGACUGAAAGUAAUUUAUGGAUCCGCAGAUGGCUUCCAUGCCGUUGACUUAGACACUGCCACUGUCUAUGAUAUUUAUAUUCCAAAGCAUACACAAGGAGCAAUUGUGCCACAUUGCAUUGUGCCCCUGCCAAACUCUAAUGGUGUUCAGUUGUUGUUAUGCUAUGAUAACGAAGGCGUUUAUGUUAACACUUACGGACGCGUCAGCAAGAAUAUAGUUCUCCAGGUUUUCUUCCAGUGGGGUGAAAUGCCAACUUCAGUAGCCUACAUAGGCACAGGACAGAUAAUGGGAUGGGGCAAUAAAGCAAUCGAAAUUCGUUCAGUGGAAACUGGUCACCUCGACGGUGUAUUUAUGCACAAGAAAGCACAACGACUUAAAUUUUUAUGUGAGCGUAAUGACAAAGUUUUCUUCUCCUCCGCAAAGGGUGGAUCUUCAUGUCAGAUAUAUUUCAUGACGCUCAACAAACCCGGCAUGGCCAACUGGUAGUGCCAGUGCGCAGCAGGCAUCGAGCGCGCCGCUCUUCUGUGAUUGUAACCGCACGGCGUCCCUUUUUAAGUGCAUGCCCGUACUGUACAAGAUAAUGCCAGUAGAUUAGUCAAUAUAAAAAAAAACCAUGUGCUUUGGCCACUCGAAAUUCAAAGACUUGUGAUAGUGACAGAAUUAGUAUAUGUGCUCAAAAGACAAUCCACAAAUUAAUAUUAUUACAUUCAAGUAUUCGAGGACCUUCUUAGUAAAUGUGGCAUUUUGUACUGAUGGAGAUAAUUUUCAUUACAAUCUAUUAAGGAAUAUAUAUUAUUAAGCAAUAACCUUUAGGAUAAAUGUUUUGAUAUUGACAAUUACGCAUAAGUAAGUUAAUGUGCUUAGGUUUUAUAUUAUGUUGCAAUUGAUUAUUUCUAAAAGAAAAUGUAAUUGAAAUCAAUAAUUCAUAUAUGCCAUAUUGUUUAUAAUGUUAAGCUAGUUGGGUGAUGAUUAUUAUUAAUUGGUUACAUAAUUAUUUUAUGUUAAUGACAAAGAGAAUGCCAUGUUUGACAGGUUAUAAAUAAUUAUUGACAAACAUUCAACAAAACACAAUUAGAAAUAAUGUAAAAUUAUUCUUCAAUUUACAUUUAUAAGGUUAAUUCACUUAACAAAUUGGCAUUUAGUCAAGUCACUUUGUAUUAUAAUUAUCACACCAAACUACAUUUUUAUUAAUGGAUAAAUCCUAAAAAUUUGGUAAUAUUUAUUAUUUAUUUGUUAUGUACUAUAUGAUUUACAUGUAUAAAGAUAUAACUGUGCAUAUUGAAAAUAUAUAUUUGAUGACUUUUUAUUUGAAAUACCUUAGCCCAAUAAAAUCAUAAAAUUA